AUGUUCCGUCAGACGCUUAUUUCUCUAGCGAAGGUGUAUGGUGCGGCACCAGUAGGAGGCGCCGGGCAGAAGCAGUCAUCUCGUCAUCGAUUGCUGCACGGAAAGCGAGAACGCCAGGGAAGUCUUUUCGCCAUUGCUAACGACGUCAAGUAUGACGAAAAGCGGCUACGCCAGCAACUCAAUGCCAUUCUAGAGGAGGAACGCCUCCCACUACGCACACGACUGCAACGCAACGCAGCUCAUGAGGAAGAGGCGCUACCGCAGCGCCAGCUUCUCAACCUUCCAGGUGUGGAACGACGCCGUGACCUGCCCGCCGAUCCAAUCACUAGGCUUUUCUUUCAACACAAAGGGGAUCACGCACUUUACUACGGCACCUACGACAACCCUAGUCUUCAAGAUGAGGAUCGCGUUCAAAUAGAAAAACGUGAGCCACGUUAUUGGACAUACAAUGUGUUUACCCCAAUUUAUGAUUUUUGCCAUCGCAUCCGCGAGGCGACCGAGCAACGGAAGCGGUAUGUCAUUGUACCCUCGACAGUUGAGACCCGUGGUUGUGCCCGGGUGAUGCAAGGCCAUGGACUUGUAGCUGGUUUCCGUGAUUUCCAUAACGACCGCGCCUUUGCCGUGGAGCUGAAAUAUUUUCAGGGAGACUCUACUAUCAAUGUUAUUGAGCCUUGCGCGUAUGACGGCAAAACUGAAUUUGAGUGGAGCCCCAAAAUGAUGCGGCGAUUACUUAACUCACACGGUAUUCAUAAUCGUCUGGUGGUGUACAUCUGCCGCACCGCGGACAAUCGUGUUAUUGAUCACAUACAGGCGGUGAAGGAGAAUAUUGGUGGACGCGGACUUAUGAUGGUGCACUAG